ACACACACACAGUGAUACACACACACCGUGACACACACACACACAUGCUCACCCACACCCUCCCUAGCACAGAAGAAACACGCAGAGCAGGAAAAGCGCCGAGCGCUGGGCGGGGUGCGUCAAUGACUCGGGACACGAUUCGCUCGUACAGUGCGCGGCAGUGAGCUCUCUCUUCACAUUCUCUCUCUCUCUGUCUCUCUAGAGAGAGAACACAACUCUUUCUGUUUCUUUCCCAAGGGCGAUAAAGCAGCCGAGUUGUUGUGUCGUUAAGACGUGACUCCCCUCCUCGCCCCAUCCAAGGCAAGCGCCACACCGCGUCGGUGGCGAUGAUGAUGAUGAUGGUGGUGAUGUUGGUGACGGACUGAAGGGGGUUCCUCCUCUCUCUCGCUUUCACGUCCUCCACAGCCCCCCGAGGAGGAGGAGGAGACGCGACCAGCGGUGUGUGGUGAGGUGGGGGUGGAUUCUGCGUCUUGGCUGAGUCGUCUGGCUGGAGUCGUGACGCUGUUCGCGACUCCCGGCUGCGGCGGCAGAUGGAGGACGCACGCGGUGCCGUCAAUGCGACCACGGUGACUCCCGAAGCCUCGACCGUCGACGGCAUCUUGAAGCCUCUGAUUAUUGACGACAACUUGGUGGGCACGCUGCUGGCAGUGAUUGGAAACAUCAUCAUCAGCAUCUCGCUCAAUGUCCAGAAAUGUGCCCACUCGCGGGUCUCGGCGCUGGACGGCGAGCGGCAGCGGCCGUACCUGCACAGCAAGCUGUGGUGGACGGGCCUGCUGCUCAUGCUGCUCGGGGAGCUGGGCAACUUUGCGGCGUACGGCUUCGCUCCGGUGUCGCUCAUCGCGCCGCUCGGUGCCAUCACCGUCAUCGGCGCUGCCCUGGGCCUCGCCGGCACGUACCUGCUCGUGACGUUUGCGCCCAGCGACCAGCAGCAGCUGACGGGCGACAACGUGGUGCAGUACACGAUCAGCUGGGCCUUCCUCCUCUACUUGUUGUUGGAAAUCGUCCUCUUCUCCACCCUCCUCUAUUUCAACUUGAAGCUUGGCAUCACCGACAUCGUGGUGUGUCUUUUGCUGGCGGCGUUGAUGGGAUCUAUCACGGUGAUCUCGGUGAAGGCUGUGUCUGGGAUGGUGACCCUGUCCGCCCGCGGCAACAUGCAACUGGACCACCCCAUCUUCUACGUCAUGUUCGUCGUCAUGGUGGCCACAGCGGUGGCCCAGGUCUCGUUCCUCCGUGAAGCCAUGUGCCACCACGACUCAAUCCACGUCGUUCCCAUCAACCACGUGUUCUUCACCACCAGUGCCAUCAUCGCAGGCGCGAUCUACUACCAGGAGUUCUACGGCACCACCGUGCUCAACGUGACCAUGUUCCUGUUUGGCUGCUUGCUCUCCUUCAUGGGCGUCUUCCUCAUCACUCGCAACCGGCCCAAGCCUGCGGCUCCCACGCCCUUCGUCAACAUGGACAUGUUCAAAGACAUCCGCAAGGUGAUGAGCGAGAAGGAGCCGGUGCAGCCGGAGCUGGGGGGCUCGGCGCUCUACGGGGCCCUCUCGGCAACCCAGCAGCCACCGCCGGCGCCCGUCCAGUUCCCCCUGGGCGACGGUGACCUCCGUGACCCUUCGCACUGACGGACCCCACCUACGGAUACCUUCGCCAGCCUCGCCGCGUAUAACUGACGGAGCAGGCAAGGGAAGUGGGGUGGGGGGGGGGGGAUGGCCUGACGGCACGCUCGCUAUGCCGCUGCACGUGGCGGAUGCCUCUCUCGCACGUGCCUUGCGUGUUGUUGUUGUUGUCGCUGUUGCCGCUUGGGCGCGGGGGCUGACAGCGCUGUGCGGGAUGCGUGUCUGAAGGUGGGCGGUGUAGGAAGGCACCAGGUAUUCAUCGAUGCCGCCACUCCCCCCACUCCCACCCCCACCACGAACGGUUUGACGAAUCGUCGUUCGACGUUUCGGAGGCCGUAAUUCGACUCGAGAAAUUGUCGCGGCUCCUGAUGACGUCGGGGUCAUCCAGAAAGCUCGGCGGGUAUGGCGAAAAUCUCGUGAUCGUUCUUGGGCGGGUGACCACCAUCAACUCGGGCUUUGCCGGUUGGCACUGUCAGCAUGAAUCCGUGAGGUGGCGAGGGAGAGAUGGCAGUGGUGAGUUGUCCGUGUGCUGGGUUUUUCUCUGGGUUCUCUGCUUUCCACCCCACCACCCCCCCACCCCUCCACCCCUCUCCACUCCGCGAAGCAUCCGAGACAGUCUUUGCCGGGCGAGUGAGUUGUUCCGCGUCACGUUUUUCCGGCCUCGUUCUGUCCGCUGCCAUUUUUAACCCAGGUGUACCACGCAUUGAGCCACACGACUUCCACAACACGUAAAUCGUUGAUCGAUGAAGCGCAGUGCGUCUCGCUAAGGAGGAUGCCAAGCAGGGCGGUCGAGGUUGGUUUGACGGGAGGGGUGCCACUGGGAGUUGGGUCCCGUCCCCCGCAACACCCCCGUGCAUGGCAGAUAUUUAUCGGUGCCGUUUAACCCCGCCUGGCAUGCGCUAAUUCACGAUACUCGAUAUGCGGCACGCGUAUGCGGUUAAUUGUAUUACUGUCUUGGCAGUCACACACCGUUUGUGUAUAUUUUAUUCUCUGUCAACAUGUGCCUGUAAAGAGUUGCCUAUUGCCUUGUUAUGUUUACAUUUUCUGUAUGCGUGUUUGUGUAUAUAUCACUUUAUAUAUAUAAAAACAAGAGAAUUCUCACUGCUCGUGAAAAUAUAACAUGUGUGAUGUAGAUAGGAUGUGUAACGAAUAAAAGGAAUACUAAUCGUAGGUAUAUAUUGUUCUGGAUGCAACCUUAACUAAUGAGAUGUGCAGUUUGCAAAUAACCUGCCUUUGUGGUUACACAAAUCCAAUUCACGCCGUUGCUAAAAAAAAAUCGCAUUUUUGAAUGGUGCAUUUCAUGAGCACUUUACAAGCAUCUCCUGGAGUGGAAAUAAAAAUGGGAUGAUGCAGUGAAUAAUGA